CUUGAAUUGCGAAACUAAGCGUGAUCUGUGUGUUUCCUGGCCACGAGUCAGCUGACCUGAAGCAUAACCAAUUAGAUCUCGGCUCUCAGGAAGGCACGCGCUGCAACUGUGUCAGAUCUGCAUGUGUCCAGAUCAAGUAAACACAUGAAUAUCGAGGUGUCGGUUUUGUACUUUGCAAAAAGUGCCGAAUUAACGGGGCUUAAAUCGGAGAUCAUUACUGUUUCGUCAAACAUAACAUCUCUACAACUGUGGCAGCAUUUGGAGAAGAAACAUCAAAGACUCUUUGUUUUACGGGGUCAAGUUGUACUGGCAGUGCGUCAGGAGUACGUGCCUUUGAGUGAGGAGCCGUUGACCCUCCGAGAGGGAGACGAGGUGGCCAUUAUACCACCUCUCAGUGGAGGAUAGAGGAAUUACAAAGGUAUGGCCGUGAAUAGUCUAGAUCUUAUUUCACUCACUACUGGCAAGCUUUCUGCUGACGCGGUCUCUGAAUCUGUAACGUGUGCUUCUUGUGGUGCUAUAUCUCUGUUUAUUGGAACUACAAGAGAUAAUUUUGAGGGGAAGAAAGUCAUACGGCUGGAAUAUGAAGCGUACGUUCCAAUGGCAGAAUUGGAA